AUGGCGCCUAGCAAUUGGCGAGAGGGGAGGCGAGUGGACGCACCCUCAGAGACGGCCGGGGGCAGCACAUCUUCCCCACUCCGGAGGCAGGACAGAGAUUCCUUCUGCCAUCAGAUGUCUUUCUGCUUGACUGAACUGCACCUGUGGUCUUUGAAGAAUACCUUACACAUUGGGGAUAGAGACAUCGGGAUCUACCAGUAUUAUGACAAGAAAGAGCCACCAGCAACAGAGCAUGGUAACUUAGAAGAAAAGCAGAAGCUGGCAGAAUCACGAGAUUUUCCAUGGACGCUCAAAAACAGACGCCCAGAAAAACUUCGAGACUCACUCAAGGAGUUGGAGGAGCUGAUGCAAAAUAGUCAGUGUGUGCUGAGCAAAUGGAAGAACAAAUAUGUCUGUCAGCUUCUCUUUGGUUCAGGUGUGCUGGUGUCCUUAAGCCUUUCCGGGCCGCAGCUGGAGAAAGUGGUGAUUGACAGAAGCCUGGUGGGGAAGCUCAUCUCAGACACCAUCAGUGAUGCUCUUCUCACAGACAGCUUUAUCAUCUUAUCAUUUUUGGCACAAAACAAACUAUGUUUUAUUCAGUUUACCAAGAAGAUGGGUUCUCCUGAUAUAAACAAAAGACUGGAAAAACUCUCAGCCUUGGAUUAUAAGAUUUCCUAUUAUGAAAUCCCUGGCCCAGUAACCAGGACAACACAGCGUCGUCUAGCUAUCAAUUGUGUUCAAGAUGUAGUUGUUUGCUGGUGGCCACUGGUCAGUGAUGAUGCUUGGCCUUGGGCCCCCAUUUCUUCUGAGAAAGACAGAGCCAAUCUGCUGCUCCUGGGUUAUGCUCAAGGAAGACUGGAGGUUCUGAGUUCUGUACGCACAGAAUGGGAUCCACUGGAUGUUCGCUUUGGCACCAAACAGCCUUAUCAGGUGUUGACAGUGGAGUGCUCCAUCAGUGUAGACAAAGAGCCCAUGGCUGACAGUUGCAUCUAUGAAUGUGUUCGGCACAAAAUCCAGUGUGUAUCAGUCACCAGAAUACCACUAAGAUCGAAGGCCAUUAGCUGUUGCAGGAAUGUUACUGAAGACAAACUGAUUCUGGGCUGUGAAGAUUCUUCAGUAAUCCUUUAUGAAACUCACCGUAGAGUGACUGUCUUAGCUCAGGCUGAAGUUCUGCCUUCAUUAAUAAGCUGCCACCCAAGUGGUGCCAUUCUGCUAGUUGGCAGUAACCAAGGGGAGCUGCAAAUUUUUGAUAUGGCUCUUUCUCCUAUUAACAUCCAGCUUUUGGCUGAAGACCGCUCACCUAGGGAGACUCUACAAUUCAAAAAAUUCUUUGAUGUUUCUAGCAGUCUUGUUCAAAUGCAGUGGAUAGCUCCGCAGGUUGUUUCUAAGAAGCCUGAAAGUGGGGACAUCUAUGAUCUCCUCUUCCUCAAGUUUGACAGAGGACCUUUGGGUGUACUUCUUUUUAAACUUGGUAUCUUCACACAAGGACAGCUGGGCCUGGUAGACAUCAUCUUCCAGUACAUUCACUGUGAUGAGAUCUAUGAGGCAAUAAACAUCCUGAAUAGUAUGAACUGGGACACUCUGGGCUACCAGUGCUUUAUCAGCAUGACUGCCAUCGUAAACCAUCUUCUUAGACAAAAGCUCACUCCAGAGAGAGAAGCACAGCUUGAGGCAAGCCUUGGAACCUUCUAUGCUCCAACAAGACCACUCCUGGAUACAACUAUAUUGGAAUACAGAGACCAAAUCAGCAAAUAUGCAAGGAGAUUCUUCCACCACUUACUCAGGUACCAGAGAUUUGAAAAGGCAUUUCUGUUAGCUGUUGACAUUGGUGCUCGUGACCUGUUUAUGGACAUCCAUUACCUUGCACUAGAAAAGGGCGAAUUGGCACUAGCUGAAGUGGCAAGAAAGAGAGCUAGUGACAUUGAUGCAGAAUCAAUAACCUCUGGAGUUGAUAGUUACCGUGUUCCUGGUCAGACUGCCUCUAAGAAGGAAGUAAAACAAGUUUAUGCACAUACAUUCAUAUGCAGGGUCAAAGGUGAAGACAAAAUGUGAAAGAGAAACAUGUUGUUUCUAGUAAAACUCUUUCCUUAUCUAGAAUUAGGUGUACUCAUAAAUGUAUGCACUAUAAUAAUGUGUAGAGAUGACUGUUUCAUUAUUUUUUAAUAAAAUUUAUAGUUUUUAUAGGUAAUAGUCUAGAUAUUUGGAAUGCAUUCAUUUAAGCAGAAGAAAUAGCUGGCAAAUGUUUUACGUCAGGUGGUAUGCAUGCUAAGUUUAUAACCUUUCUUCUCUUUAUCCAAUGUAAGUUAACUUGAUGUGACAGGGUGUGAUAUAUCACAGAGAUGACUCAGGUCAGGAAUUUCAAGAAAUCUUAAAAAUAAUACCUUUUAAAAGGACUUAAGUAAAUAGUACAUAAAGAUCUGUAGAGUAUAUAGUCUUUUUUUUUUUUUUUACCCUGUUAUCUAUCAAAGAAUUGAGUUCAACUGCUUAAACAUUUAGGAAAGUCUUUUACUCAGAAAAAAGUAAAUAUUUGCCAAUUAGGGUAGGGGAGAAAUCUCUAGGUUCCUUUACUGUUAGAGUGCCUACCAGCAGAUACAUCUGUUUAUUUAGAAUUUAUACAUCUAUUUGUUGACCAAAAAAUUCAAUGAUAAAUUGAUGUUUCCAUCACCUGCUUUUCCUUUUUUUCUGAAGCCUUUGCAAUUAUAUAGCUGUCAUUACAAACUCCUGUCCCAAAGCAUGGGGUUUCAAUGAAGAAUAUGGUUAGAUCACAAGAUUUGCUUCUAAAGGGCUGAAUUUUGGUUCUAUCAUAGGAAAAUAAGUGUGUACUUCAGUAAGUGGUAAAGUAUGACAUACAUUUGGAGGAAUGUACAUACUGUAAGUUUUCAGCUCAGUAAACAUACCCAUGUAACAUCCAGAUAAUGGAAAUGAACUUCAUCAGCACUCUAAAAAGGCUCCCUUGUCCCAACUUCUCACGCCUCCAAAGGAUAAACAUUUCUGACUUCUAGUACUACAAGUCAGUUUUAUUUGACCUUGUAAGAGAAUCAUCUGUCCUUCUCUGGAAAUAGGUUCACUCAUAAAUGUAUGUACUUUAGUAAUGUAUGGAGAUGACUAGUAGGGUCUUUUGGGCAGGGUUGAGGUCUGACUUAUUUCACAUAACAUUACUUUUGUGAAAUGCACCAUAUUAUUAUGUAUAUAGCAAUAUGUAACAAAAUGUAAUCAUUUUGUCACUGAUGGAUAUUUCAGUUGUUUCCAGUUUGGGGCUUUUAUAAAUGUUCUUCUAAAUAUCCUUUGUGACUAUACCUAUCCAUUUGCGCAUACAUUCAACUUUAGUAGAUACCUCCAAAGAUUUAUUCAGUAGCUGAAACGAUUUACAUUUUUGUUAUCAGUACAUGAGAACUACAGUUUAGCCUCAUCUUUGCCAGAAGUUGUUAUCCCCUGCCACCAUUUUACUCAUUCUGAAGGGUGGAUAGUGGUAUUACAUUAUAGAUUUAAUUUGUAUUUCCCUGAUGACUCAUGAAAUUGAGCAUCCAGUUAUAUGUUUACCGGAAAUUUGAGUAUGUUUUGAAGUGCCUGUCAAGACUUCUGAUCAUUAUUCCACUGCAUUAUCAUUCUUUUUUCUUAUGAUUUUUCAGGAGUCUUUUAUAUAAUCCUGACCUAUUACUGCAAAUAUUUUCUACCACUCUUGGGUUCCCUUUUUUGCUUUUUUAAUAUUGUAAUUUGUUGAGCAGAAGUUUUUAGUAGUAAUAUGCUACCUUUCCCAUUUUUUUUCCAUUAUGUUGAUUACAUUUUGUGCCCUGUUUAAAACAGUUUGUAGAGAUAUCUUAUGUUAUAAAGAGAUAUCUUCUGUUUUCUUUAAGAUCUUUGUCUUAACUUUUAAGUCUUUAUUGAAUUUGUUACAAUAUUGUUUCUGUUUUAUGUUUUG